AGCCCACCACCUUUCUCAGCUGUCUUGGUCCUUCUGCCUGAACACGUGUCCUCACCCCCCACUGCAUGUCUGAAUUCUGCAGAAAGCUCAGUCACCACGGUCUCUUCCCAGAAACCACAAUGCUACACCGUCCACAGAAAGGAACAAGGUCUCAGUCGCUCUGGGCCUUCUAAACACCAAGGAUGGGAAGCUCCGCGCUUUCUACCCUCCUACCACUGCUCACCGGAGCUUUGGCCUUGAUCCAGGUCCAGGCAGGCUUCCAUUCCUUGCAGUUUUUUGCCACCGUCACAUCCCAGCCUGGUUUGAGAGAGCCUGCCUUCAUCUUCGUCGGAUUCGUGGACGAUUCACAGUUCCUGUGCUACAACAACCAGGGGGAAAGUCAGAGAAUGGAGCCCCGCGCGCUGUGGGUGAGGCAGAUGGGGCCUGAGUAUUGGGAGCAGCAGACCCGGACCGUCAAGGACAUUGCAAAGAAUUCCCGAGUGAACUUGAAGGAGGCUAUGGACGUCUACAACCAUAGCGGGAAUGGCUCUCACGUCUUUCAGUGUGUGUCCGGCUGCGACGUGGGGCCAGAGGGACUCUUCCUCCGCGGGUACGAGCAGCACGCCUACGACGGCCGCGAUUACCUCGCUCUAAACCCAGACCUGCGCUCCUGGACCGCAGGCGACUCGGCGGCGCAAAUCACGCUGAGCAAGUGGGAGGAGGCUGGUGUCGCGGAGCAAAGGCGAUCCUACCUGACCGGCGAGUGUGUGGAGUCGCUUCGCACAUACCUGGAGAUAGGGAAGGAGACUCUGCUAGGAGCAGUUCCUCCAAAGGCACAUGUGACCCAUCACCCCAGACCCGAAGGAGACAGCAUCCUGAGGUGCUGGGCCCUGGGCUUCUACCCUGCAGACAUCACCCUGAUCUGGCAGCUGGAUGAAGAAGACCAGACCCAGGACAUGGACCUUGUGGAGACCAGGCCUGCAGGGGAUGGAACCUUCCAGAAGUGGGCAGCUGUGGUGGCGCCUUCUGGAGAGGAACAGAGAUACACAUGCCAUGUGCACCAUGAAGCACUAACCCAGCCCCUUGUUCUGAGAUGGGACCCUCCGAAACCCACCAUCCCCAUCAUGGGAAUCACUGUUGGCCUGGUUCUCUUUGGAGUUGUGUUCACUGGAGCUGUGGCUGCCAUUGUGAAGAGGAAGAGCAGAGGGGAAUACCCCUCUGAGAGUCUAGAAAGGAAGCAAAGACCAAGUCUCUCCAUCACCUCACCAAAGGCAUUCCUGCAGCUGAGCACAUCAUGAGUCCUUGGUUCCACCAGUCAAAUGACCACAUGCUGGACUUUGGCUCAGCACAUGGUGAUAAGGAAAAGCUGGAACUGCACAGAAUGCUUUUGGCAAGUGUAACAUUGCCACAUCAUUUCCAGGAGCUGCAGGGAAACUGUCCCAGCCACAGUGACCAGCACCUGUGUCCAGUGGCAGGAACGUGUGUCCUGUGUGGCACCUGGCAUUGAUGGGCUUGUGUGUUCUCUGCCUAGCUGUGAAUACUCACUUGGUUCCAUAAUAAAAUAAUAAUCUUCAACCCUCCAAUAUCACAUGUAGAAUUCCUUUAUGUUUAGUAAGUACAAGAUUUUGAAUUAUAGUAUCUUUACAUGGAAAUAAAUCAAUCUGGGGAAUUUUCAGAUAGCAAAUAGUCAGAGGCUCCUAUUAUAUAAAUUGCUUCCUAAGUCUUCCACCUGAAGCUAAACCCCAUGGGAGAGAAAAUAGUAUGUAUCUGCUAACAUGACAACUCAGGGCUGAUGACAUUAUCCUUUCUUACCUUCUCAGAGAAAAAUAUUAUUUUUCCCAUUUGAGGUUGUUCUUCAUUGUGGGUGAUGCUCUGAUGAUGAACAUCAGUGACCACAAAUCUUGUUCUAAAAUACUCAGGCUUCUUCCCAGACCUGUCUUAGAUAGUUGAGCAUAGAGCCUUCCCUGCCUUGAGAAAGGUUUUAAAAAUAUUUUCAUUGUAUAUGUGUGUGUGUGUGUGUGUGUGUGUGUGUGUGUAUGCAUACUACCUGCAUGAAGGAUCCUUCAGAAGUCAGAAAACUUGUUGGAUCCUCUGGAACUGGAUGAUUGUGAGCUGUGGUGUAUGUGCUAGGAAGUUAACCCAGGUCCUAUGCAAUAGCAGCCAGUGCUCUCAACCACUAAGUCAUCUCUCCAGUCAAU